AUGGCAGAGGCUUUGUUCCUCGUCCGCUUCAGCCAGGCGCACGAAACCUUCCGCGUGCCUGAGCUGCAAGCCCUGGCCGAGACCGAGAACGUUCCCGUCACCAUAGUAUCAUACAGCAGCCGCGUGCCGUUCUGCAUCAUUACUGGGCCCCCAGAUCCGCACGCGGCAGCCCGCCUUGUCCGCCGCGCCAUCCUUACCCAGGCCGUCUACGAGUACUGGGGCUCCGGUGAGAGCCUUGACGAGCUGCACCAGGCCGUCAAAGAGCGAUCCUCGCACCUGUGGGAGCAGUACGCCGCCGACUCGUGGAAGUUCAACAUCGACUCCUUCCAAGGCACGCGCAGCGCCGACUCUCGCCGUGACCUCAUCAACUCCUUCCGCUACAUGCCCCUCCGCGGGCCCAUCAGGAUGAAGGACCCCGACCAGGAGUACACCGUCUUUGAGGAGUGGCCACCCGACUCGCCACGCCUGGGCCUCGGCCACCCUGAUCGCUACCACUUUGGCCGCUUCCUCGGCAGGGGCGCCCGCGACAUGGUCGCGCGCUUCGACCUCAAGAAGCGGCCCUACAUCUCUACCACGUCCAUGGACUCAGAGCUCGCCCUCGUCACCGCCAACCUGGCCCUCGCCGCCCCAGGGAGGCUCUUCUACGACCCCUUCGUCGGCACCGGCAGCUUCCCCAUUGCCUGCUCCGCCUUCGGCGCCCUGAGCUGGGGCAGCGACAUCGACGGCCGCGCUGUGCGCGGCUCGGGCAACGACGCCAGGGCAGAGGCCAAGAGGGGCCUGGUCAAGGGCGAGAAGACCCUCCGCGGCAACUUCAAGCACUACGCCAUCCUUGACAGGCUGGGCGACGUCUUCACCUCGGACCUGACCAACUCUCCGCUGCGGCGCCUGUCAUUCGGUCUGGGUGGCAAGGGCGGAAGGGCGCGGCUGUUCGACGGCAUCGUCUGCGACCCGCCCUACGGCGUGCGGGAAGGUCUGGUGGUGCUCGGGUGCCGGGAUCCAGAGACGCGGCCGUGGGUCGUUGAGGCCGGCCACGAGAGACUCAAGGACCCCAACUUCGUGCCCCCCAAGAAACCCUACAGCUUCCUCGCCAUGCUUGACGACAUCUUGCACUUUGCGUCAGAGACACUUGUGGACGGCGGUCGGCUGUCAUUCUGGAUGCCAACGGCCAAUGACGAGGACCAAGAGAUCCCGUCGCCGGCGCACCCCUGCCUCGAAGCUGUCGCCAUCUGUGUGCAGCCAUUCAACAAGUGGUCGCGCAGGCUCAUCACGUACCGCAAGCUGUCGGACGAGUCUGUCGACGAGUCCGAGUUGCAAUCAUGGAGGGCAAAGGCGCAGAGACAGCAUGCGGGCACGACUGCAGACGAGCUCAACCCUUUCAGGAAGGGCUACUUUAACAAGUUCCAGAUAGACGCCUCAUCUUGA